GACACCGUGGAUAAUACAAUGCGUGUACCUCCAGCUGAGCAGAGGUACUGGGAUUAAGAUGCGUCUGACAGAAGAAAAUUACGCAAGAGGAUACAAAAGAAAGAUGCAACACACCAGUGAGCAGGAAAGUGUAAGGGGGAGGAGAAUGGAAAAAACGUUGAGAGAGAGUGUGUGUGUGUGUUAGGUGUUAGGUGUGAGGUGUGUGUGCGCGCUACUGCCGGUAACCAGGCAGGGACAGACCUCGUCUCGUGGGGAUGUGGGGGGAGCAACAUAAUCAGCAAUGAAUACAACGAGAGAGAGAGAGAGAGAGAGAGAGAGAGAGAGAGAGAGAGAGAGAGAGAGAGAGAGAGAGAGAGAAAAAAAACCUAAAACCACUCCGUCUCACUCCGUCAGGUUCUCAGACUCUCUGCUCAAAACAACCCUGUGUCAACGAGGUUUAGGUCAAUAGCACAGAAAUAGUACUACUACACUACUACACUGCAUCUACUCCUGUUGCUGCUGACAAUGGUGCCCAUGGAAAUGACUUCUGUUCUCCUCCGGACUCUGGGUGGAUUCUAGCAGCGAGCUCGGAGUAGCUGUUCAGGUGACAAUGAUCAGACCGGGCUCAGAUGUCUAAUGUUUUACUUCUUCACCAGUCGGACUACAGACUGAACUGCCUCCAAGGAGUUUCAUCUGUGGUGGUGCUGUUUGUCUAGGGUGAAGAAGGGCUAUUAUGUGCCAGCUUGAGCGGACAAAACGCAGCUUCCUGUUGUGUCUGGGGAUGAGUAUCAUCAUCUGUUCAGUUAUUUACAUGAGGGCCAGGAUGCCAACAGAGCCCAAGCUUCCAAAGCUUCCAGAGCCUCCAAGUUGCAGGUCCUUCUCCCCUGAAUGUAAAGCUUUACUGCCCAGCAUGCAGGAAGGAGUGGAGCGGUACCACCGUGACUGCCAGGAGGAAAGCUAUAUUCUGAAUAGUCGCAUACAGUGUUCCAAUCUGAUCAGAGACCUACACUUCAUCACGAGGCCUCUAAGUCGGGAGGAGGAGGACUACCCUUUAGCAUUCAUUGUGACUAUUCACAAAGAGCUGGAGCUAUUUGUACGCCUGUUCCGGGCCAUUUACACUCCACAAAAUGUCUACUGCAUUCAUGUGGACAAUAAGGCUUCAACGGAGUACAAGGUGGCUGUAAUGAAGCUAGUCAGCUGCUUUAACAAUACCUUCAUAUCCAGCCGCAGCGAGACAGUGACGUACGCUGGGUUUUCCCGUCUGCAAGCAGAUUUAGACUGCAUGAAGGAUUUGGCAGCGUCCAAGAUAGGAUGGAGGAAGGUGGUUAAUCUGUGCGGACAGGAUUUCCCCGUCAUGAGCAACAUGGAACUGGUGCGGUACAUGCAGAGCAAAGAGUGGAGGGACAGAAACAUGACGCCUGGGAUCAAGCAGCCGGUGUCUAUGAGACACAGGACACAGUUCCAGCACCGCGAGAUAACGGGCUCACGUGUAGCUUUGAUGGGGUCGGGAAUAAAGAAAGGUCCGCCACCACACAAUCUGCAAGUAUAUUUUGGAACAGCCUACUAUGCUCUCACGAGGGAUUUUGUUGACUUUGUUCUGAAAAGCCCAAUCGCCCGGGACCUCUUGGAGUGGUCCAAAGACACGUUCAGUCCAGACGAGCACUACUGGGUGACACUCAGCCACAUCAAAGAAGCUCCAGGCAGCCAUCUCGAUGGAGGUUGGGAAGGAGACAUCCGGUCAAUCAAGUGGAGGGAUCAAGAGGGAAGGGCACACGAUGGCUGCAAAGGGCAUUACGUACGAGACAUCUGUAUCUAUGGAGUGGAAGACCUAACAUGGAUCAUCAACAGGAACAGCAUGUUUGCCAAUAAGUUUGAGAGUAAUACCUUUCCUGGGGCCCUGGACUGCAUGGAGCAGUGGCACAGGACCAAGGUGUUGAACCAGGCAACUGUUUCCAUAGAGCCAGCAUGGCUUCUGGCCACACAGAGAAACUCAAGCAGCAGCUACUUCAACAGCACGUCUGGAGCAUGAAAGCACUGUCGGGAUCCUCAACUAAAAGUUUGGCGACAUGCAUUUCAGAUGAUUUGCACCCGUUCAGUGGCUGUGAAUGUCAACAAUGUGGGCUGGAAAAAAGGACAAACAGUCCACUUCUUCUGUGGCAAUGUUACUGUUGAAGGACAUAUUUGUCUAUGUAUGAAACUGUAAUGGCUGUUCUGAUAAUCAGGUGACCAAAAUAACUUUACUUUAGUAGAGUAAUGCAGGUUACGCAAAAGUACAAUGAAUUUAAUUUAAAAUAUAGUAUAGUAUAGUAAGAGAUACUAUUUGAGACUUUUGCACUAUACAAGUCAUUUUAACAACUAAAUAUGACUUUCAUAUUGUUUAAUUUAAUUAAAUAUUGAUAUAUUUAUAUUGUGUGUGUGGUCAAGUAAAACAAAAACCAUUGAUUGGUUUAUUUAAUUAGAGCACUGCAGGUGUAAACAAACCAAAAUAAAGACGAU